AGUAGAGAAAGAUGUUAAACAGAAAGAGAUUAAUAGACCGUUCUAUGGCAUGUCACGCGACGCUUCACUCAUUUGCUCUCUUCCCCCGCUGCUAAAGUGUUGCGUGACAUCAAAGGCAGCAGUCGAUCGUGGAGAGCGUUAGGAAUGCUGUUGAUGAAAGUGACUGACGUUUUAAUAAUCACAGAAAAGACAUCAUCAAAGUCUCAUCAAAGUUAUCAACCGGAAACAGUUCUUCACAGGACUUCGUUGUACCACACAGGCAAGCGCACGAACAAUCGCUUUUGGAACUCUUGAUUCACUAUUUUUCUAGGUAUAAAACGACAAAAAAUUAGUUUACACAUGAAGAAGGUCGUAGUUUCUUCAAUACAAUUGUUAUUUUUUUUUACGUUAUCGAGACGAAUCUUUUUGGCGCCACAACCGUACGUUACCCCUCCCAAUCCUCUCCCGACCAAUAUCGAUCGUUGUUAGAUCUGGUAGUAAAAAUUUGGAGCCAGCGAGGAUUUCAGCGGGGAUAGUGAAGAAGGAUAAGGGAUGUCAUGUAACUCAAAUGCAAUGGUAGCUACGGCGAUGUUUUGAUAUGAACGAAAGAUUGUUCUACGAGAAAAAAAGAGCGAAGUAAUGAUGUGUCUUGUUCAGAGAGGAUGACUUGCAUCUUAGAUGACGAUGAAGUAGACAUUGAAGCUGAAAUUCAGCGGGAACUCGACGCCCUUGAAGAUGACAGUUUGCAUAUCGAAGAUGUUGAAGAUGAGACAUCAACUUUGGAAACAGACGAGUCUCAAGGGGAAGACUUUCCAGACUCCAUCCAGGAAUAUCUGCUACUUCUUCAAUCACGGACACAGAAUGCUGAAGAAGAAGUGAAGGAAUGUGAGAUAAUCUUGGAGAAGUUACCUCUUGGGAGUUCAGUGAAAGAAGAUGAAGCUUUGCUCUCGCAGAGAAUAAAGGAAGAACUUGGUGAUGAUUAUUCUGAAAAUCCUCUUGUCAUUAGAGAUAGG